GAUAGUGCGUCGGGCAGGUUACAAGUUUUUGUGAGCAGCCUUUCAAAUAAAACUUCAAAAUGUUUAACACGACAGCAAACGUGCUUAUUACUAUGAGCACCAACAAUUGGAACUCAAACAAUGAGAAAUAUCAGAAGCACUUCUGCAGGGAUUUGAAGAAUAUAGCGACCGUCGCGGAGAAGGAGUUGCGAGAGACACCCAGCACGAAGGAGCAGGCUCUGAACAUCAUGAGGGAGUGGAUACAGAAGAAUAACGAUAUACGUAACGUGAGACAAGAUGAGAACUUCCUCCUCCGUUUUCUUCGCCACAAAAAGUACAGUAUUCCCAUGGCCCAGCAGACGCUACUUAAAUACCUCAACUUGAGGAAGUACUAUCCUGAGUGCUUCUCAAACCUGGACUGCGAGGAGCCCAAACUUAAAGAAAUCAUCAGCAAUGGGUACAUAGCUGUGUCUCCAGUUCGUGACAAUGCUGGACGUCGUGUCAUCGUAUAUAACAUGGGUAAAUUCAACGCGACCAAGUUCACCUGCUGGGACAUGUGUCGCGCGCACUGCGUGGUCUAUGAGACGCUGAUGGAAGACCCCACAGAACAGAUCCUGGGCUUCGUCCACGUUGGAGACGGCAGCGGCUCCACCACGGCACACGUCACCUCAUGGAACCCCCUCGAUUUCGCCAGGCUCCUGAAAUGGGGAGAGCAAUCACUGCCGAUGCGACACAAAAGCUUCCAACUGGUGAACGUUCCAGCCGCCCUCAAAUACAUCGUAGACAUCGGUAUGACCAAAGUUUCACCCAAAAUGGGACAGCGAUUACAAGUACACACCAACACAAAGAACCUUUGCAAUCACGUCGAAGAGCGAGUUCUCCCAACCAACUUCGGUGGCAAGAUUCCUCUAGAAGAGAUGAUCACAUACACCCAAGAUCUUCUCCUCCAGAAGAGGAAGGUCCUCUUAUCCCUGGAUUCCAUGGAAAUCCUGAGCACCAACGGCAUCAUAUCGUCAAGGAAAUCAAAUUCCGACGUAACUUUGGUCACAGGUAGUUUCAGAAAACUAGAAAUAGACUAAAGCAUUUAUUAUUAAGUGAAUAUAGACUUGUAUAUGGUCGCUGUUAAGCAUUAGUG